AUUGCCAAAUCCCUUUUCUCGCGAUCUGACAGCUGAGCCGAUUGCAUCAUAAUCAACAUGAAAAUUUGGGCGUACCAAAAAUCAUGGAGAGCGGAGCUGGAGAUAACAAAUCGCAGAAAGACACAAUCCUGACGAUCAACAUUUCGUCAAGCGUAUUUAGUGUUAUUUUAUUUUUAUUAGGUGGAGUAAUAAGCGCAAUACUGAUCACAAAUCUAGGAAUAGUUUUACCAACACAGAAAUUUACGAGUGGGACAACAGAAUUGUCAACACUCCCAAACACCGAAGUGCAGAAAUUUGAUUAUGGCUUGCGAAAUUGGCCCGUGUCACCGAAGCAAAAAUCAUCAGAUGUUGCAGGUGAAGUACAGGCAGCAGUGCACCAGGCUUUGGAUGCCCAUACACAGGGGAAGAAAGAGAAGGCUCACAAGCUCUUCGAGCAUGCCUUAGCGCUAGACCCUCACCAUGCAGACACGCUCAACGCUUACGGAGAGUUCAUCGAAGACGAGGACAUCGUGAGGGCCAACCAUCUGUACUCCUGUGCUCUCAUCGCAAACAACUCUCAUUCCAGAGCUCUUACAAACAGGGAGAGAACAUCAGCAGCCGUAGCUGAGAUCGACAAGGGUAUGUUUGCGAAGGUGGACGACAAGCAAUUACAGAUGGGUCAGCAGAUCUCUGAGAACAGCCGCGCCCUUCAGCGCGCCCAGGAGGAGUUCCUCUACCUGCAGAUCUACCACACCACCGCCAUCGAGGGGAACACCCUCUCCUUGGAGCAGAUGCGUUCCAUCAUGGAGACCGGGUUGGCCAUCGGCGGGAAGAGCAUCAUGGAACACAACGAGGUCCUAGGCCUGAACCUCGCUCUGCAGUUCAUCAACGACACCCUCCAGCAUCGCUUCGGGAAGAUUACCGUCAAUGACAUCCUCCAGAUCCACAAGCGCGUCCUAGGGCACGUCGAUCCCAUAACGGCGGGGAACCUCCGCACCACGCAGGUUUUCGUGGGAGGGUACAUCCCGCCCCCGUCGGUGGAGGUCAACGACCUCAUGGAGGAUUUUGUGGACUGGAUGAACUCGGAAGAAGCCGCAUCCCUGCACCCGGUCGAAUUCGCUGCGCUGGCGCACUAUAAAUUCAUCUACAUCCAUCCCUUUAUUGAUGGGAAUGGAAGGACGUCGCGGCUAUUGAUGAAUCUAAUCCUGCUGCGGGCGGGGUACCCACCAGUCAUAGUCAAGCUCUCGCAAAGAGGGCAGUAUUACGAGACCAUCAUCCAGGCUAAUGCCGGGGAUAUAAGACCCUUUAUCAGGUUCAUCUGUAAUUGCUUGGAUGACAUGCUUGAUGCGUAUCUAUGGUUGACGUCAGACUCACUGGACGGCAUCCCGGAGAUAGAGGAGGGGAGACGAUUGGUGGAAGAGAUGUAAGAGAAUUACAUUGGUAUCCAAGGUUACAUUGUGCAGUACUAUCACUGGUCUUCAGCUCUCUCCUCUCCCUCUCUCUCUCUCCUAUCUCUCUCUCGCGCGCAAGUCGCGCUCCCUCUGUCUCUCUCUCAACUUACCAAUUAAACUACAGAUUGAGGAUAAAAACGAUUGAUUUCAGGGAUUUAGAGGAGGGUGGGUUGCAAAAUUUAAACUUUGAUUAUUUUUAUAUAAUGUUUAACUUUUAAAUGUGCAGUACUUUUCUCUAUAUCUCCUCAUUUUUAUAUCUGUUAUUUGAUCUUUCUCUCUAUCUCCGGUGUCUUCUUCUCUCUUUCUCUCUUCCUCCUCUCUCUGUUGUCUCUCUAUCUUUCAUUCUCCUAUCCAUUUUCCUCAUGCGGUCUGUUUUCUCUGUAAGUUUUUUGUUUUUAAUUGAUCUUAGGAUUCUUUCAACUCUUCUUAUUGUGUCCUCAAUCCUCUCUCUCUCAUAUGGUGCAUCCGCAAUCCUACUGUAUAUUUAUUUUGUUCUGUCUUUAUUUUUUUAAAACUUUAAAUGAUCUCUUUAUUUCAUAUUUGUUGUUUCUUCUAAAUUAUUUUUUGAUAGUGGUGUAACAACUAACAACCCAUCAUCUUGCCAUGUAAUCUAGUCAUACACAUUGAUAUGGUCCCUGUUUGACAAAACUUGUUAUCAAUAACGAGUUACAAGAACUGUUAUAAGCUACUGAAAUCGUGGCAUUUGAUUGGCUGAGAAAAAAUUUGGUAUAGAAAUUUAGCAUUUGUUAUAUGAAACAGGGCCCUGGUGAUUAAAAAUUAUUUUAAAAAAGGAAUCUUAGAAAGGCGAGUUUUAUGGCCACAUUUUCCAGGAUAAUUUACGUCAUCAAUGUUGUAGCGAAAAAAUAUAUAUAGCACUUGCACUGUUUUAUUACGUUGUUUAGAUGCUCAAAGAUGCGGUAUUCCUUUGGUUUUGUGAAUGUAGUCAAGAAAGAAAAACUAUUAUUAAAUGAUUAUAUUUGCCAUCUCAGGAAUCUUUUUAAAGGCUGUUAGCACAUCAGAAUGGUUAAGUGAUCAUUUCUCAAAAGUGCUUGUGUUUCCAGCAGAUGGUUGUGUAUUUAUCAUGGUGUUAUACGUGUAGGUAUUGUAUAAUACGUACAUGUAUGUUCACAUUGGGCCGGCAAUGAUUUUACCCGACAAGGAAUUAAAAGGUUUAUAGAGUGGGAACAUAAUACUCCUGGGCCCCAUUAUACAAAACUUGUCAUCAGUGACAAAUUACAUUUUUUGUUAUUAGCUAGUGAAAUCCUUGCUUCUGAUUGGUUAUCAGCUAGAUUUGUCACUGAUUUUUGUCAUUUGUCAUUGAAAAAAGGCAUUAUGAAACGGGUCCCUGAUUUACUCUCUUACAUUGCAUACUCUUCACUGGAGCACCGACUUAACGAGUACUCAAAAUCAUCUAUCCAAGUUCUAUAUUUCUCUCAUCAUAUGAUUAUAGAGUCCAAUGCAUUAUGAUAAUUGUUGCAAUUUACAUACAGUACCUUUUUCCAUUGGAUACAAA